UAGAAUGAGACAGUGGGAAGUAGUACAAGGAUGUGUGUUUUGUGGAGAGCCUAAUGAGUCCAGAGACCACCUCUUCUUUGCUUGCCCUUACACCUUCACUGUAUGGUUGGCAGUAGUGGGAGACUUGCUGGGAGUCAAUGCUGAUCCAAAUUGGGAGAUGACAUUAAACCGGCUGGUAGAGCACGACUAUGAUAAACUGACAUUCAUAUUACUGAGGUUGGUGUUUCAAACUUCUAUAUACUAUCUUUGGAAGAAGAGAAAUGAUAGGAGGCAUACUGGGAAGUUGAAACUGGACGGCCAGUUGACUACUCUCAUUGAGAAAAUGGUCAGGAAUAGGAUUAUGUCAACUCGGUACUUUGAGAAACCAAGGCUUCUAGGACUGAUGCAAAGAUGGUUCAAAGGACACUAGCUCAUUGGUAUAGAGUUAGAAGCAUAUAUUUAUUCUUAUGAUUCUUUGUACAUAAACUCUCAGUUUCAUUCAAUAUAAAUUUAACAUUUUACUAAAAAAAAGUUUGAAGUUAUUUUUUUUUGCAGUAAUUUGAAAGUUAAUUUGAAGGUGAGAUGAGAAAAUUUAAGGAUUUAAAUUUAUGUUGCCAAAAUAAAAAUUAAUUUAAUUUUUUUUAUUAUUAAGUUUUUAAAAAAGAUAUAUGUCAUGCGUUUUGCGCUUUAGUAUAUAAAAGAUAUUUGUAGCUAUAAUAUAUUUUUUGCAGUAAUUUGAAAGUUAAUUUGAACGUGAGAUGAGAAAAUUUAAGGAUUUAAAUUUCUGUUGCCAAAAUAAAAAUUAAUUUAAUUUUUAAUUAUUAAGUUUUUUAAAAAGAUAUAUGUCAUGCGUUUUGCGCUUUAGUAUAUAAAAGAUAUUUGUACCUAUAAUAUUUUAAUUUACAAUUUUCAAUUAAACAUUUUUAUUUUAUAUUUGAAUAAAGUUUUCUUAAAAAUAUAAUUUUUUUUGACCAAACCAGAUCCGACCAGAAUGGCAAACGCUAGUUAAAUAAUCAACCUAACAACUGAUUUUUUUUUCUGAACACUGAAUAUCAUAAAAGAUGCAGACCAACCGAAACUAGUUGGUAGAAACAGAGUACAGAGCAGAUUUUACGAGGGCAUCAGCCACGAAGUUCAAGUUUCUGGAAAUAAAAACAUAGGAGAUACAAUCAAAGGAAAGAGAUAGAUGCUCGAUGUCCCGAGUGAUUCCGUGGAGAUCCGCCGGGUGCUGAUUCGAGGAGAUGAUAGUAGCAACUAGUGCUUGAAAAUCUGAUUUGAUACAGAUUUUGGAGAAACCCAUUUCACAGGCGUUGAUAAGAGCUGACCUGACUGCAAUCGCUUCCGCCAUCAACGCUGAUGAGAUGUAGGAGAAGGUCCUAGUUCCCUGACAUAGGCCUUCAUUGCAACUGUCCUGGAAGAUCCAUCUGCAGCCUGCUUUGUUUGUGCCCGCCUGCCAAGCCGCAUCAGUGAAGCAAGCGAUUGAAGUGGAGGUCGACGAUGGUUGUAGCGUACGCUGGCGCUGAGCUGAAGGUCCUGGUUCUGGAGUUGAUUGCGCUGCAUUCCACUCUCUUGCUGCUCGAAAGGCUUUCGAGAUGAUCUCAUCUGGUGAAGGGAUCCUGUUUUCAAAGAUCAUGUAGUUUCUAGCAGUCCAAAUAUCCCAGUAGAUCCAAGGGAAUAGAGGUCCUGUUACUCCUAUCGGUGGGAGGUUAGUAGCUUCAGCUGCACGUAAGAAGGCCUCUUCAAAAGUGUUGCAUUCCGUUGGGUUAAAGUUAGAAGUCCAGAUGUGUGCAGACCAGACUCAUCGAGUAAAAGGACAGUGUAAGAAGACGUGAGCUGCAGUUUAUGGUUCUCCGCAGUGGCGACAUGAGGUGUUGCUAUUUAUGCCUCGCCUCGCUAAGUUCUCUCCAAGGGCUAAAGCUCCUUGCGUGAUUCUCUAAGGGCUCAACCUAACAACUGAUAAAAAUUAAUUUUGUCAUGACAAAUCAAUCAAUUGAGAUUUUAUUAUAACUAUUUUAGGUUCAAGACGGUUUCCAAAUAUAGUACAACAAAACCAGCUGCCUGCACUUGCGGAUAAUUCAUAAUCUCUUAAAAGACAAUGUUGACCCUUAUCCAAAAUGAUCUGAGGUGGGUACAUUGGUAAUUAAUUAUAUGAAUCAAUCCACCAAACCAACAAGACAAAAACUUGGGGAAACCAGGGGAGACAGCGUCUGGUUUUGCACUCUGUCUAAUCCUCUUCCUCUCUAUUAUAUAAACAGACUUGUAGGAAAUUACCUUUCUUCAUCAACAACUUUCACAAAGCAAUUUACAAACAAAAAAAAACACAAAGCUAAAAGCUUUCCAAUUAAGAAGAAAAAGAAAGAGAAAAGAUGAGUUCAAGGAGCAAAGCAUGGUUAGUGGCAGCAACCAUUGGAGCCGUGGAGGCCUCCAAAGACCAAUUGGGACUAUGCCGGUGGAAUUACAUGAUCCGAUCUGUGAAUCAACGUAUCCGAAACAACGUGAGAUCCGCUGCUCAGGCGAACAGGUUCUCUUCUUCGUCCACCAACGCCCUUGCCUCCUGCAAGGAUUGUGACAAGGCCAAGAAGGCUGAGGAGUCUCUCAGGACGGUCAUGUACUUGAGCUGUUGGGGUCCCAAUUGAUGACGACGGAUCUAAGAUUUUUUUCUGUUUUUACCGUUGAUUGGAUCCGACAGGUUGUAUCACAAGUUAGAGAUAUUUGUACAGAAAGUAGAGAUGAAUAUAAAAAACUUUAUGAUUAUGUUACUGGAAAUGAUAGAAGGUUCUAUGAUCCAUUCUUUUGACACAUCAAGCUUGUCCGUUUUUUUUACUUUCGAACUUGACUAUAGAAGUUUUACAUUAGAUA